AUGGCGCAAGCGCUGAAGCUCUUCUAUGCCGCUCGGCGCGCUGCGUCGCGCGCAGCUGACGCGGGCCCAUCACCGCUUUCCGCCCUCCGCAAUCCCCCGUCGUCCCCGCUUCUCCCACCCCGCUUUCCUUCCCUUUGCGCGGGCAGCCCUCUCUCGUGCGCGCGCCUGGCCGAUCAAGCACUAACCGGCGGAAUAAUGGAACUUGGCGCUUUGCGCGCGGGGCGUCUCCCCGCGCGUCCCCGUAACCCCCACGCGGGGAUUCCCCCCGCUCCAGUCUCGGAGCAUGCUUCUAAUCGCCUCCGCGCCCCCCUUACCGCCUCCUUCGCCGCCGCGCCAGUCAUCUCCACCCCACCAUCCACCGCUCCCCGCGCCGUUUCCGCAGUCCGCCACUUUCUCGCCACGCCCGCGCAUUCCCCCUCGCCAUCCGCUCCCCCACCAGCCGCGGUGCAGCCCCGCGCAGCUGCGGCCACUGGCGGAACGAGAGGGGUUGUGAUGGGGAUCAGCGGGGCCGCAGGCGGGGGAGGAGUGCGCGUCAGGGGAAUGAGCGGGGGUAUUGGGGGGAGCGGGGGAAGCGGGGAGAGCAUCUAUGUGCGAUCAACGCGGGAGCCCAGCGGAUUGGCAUCCGUGCCGCUGGUGCCGCUCGUUCUCGGCCCUUUCCCUUCCAGCCCCCUCCCCCCCACAUUCACCCUCCUUUACCUCUCCUUUCCCCUCUCAUCCCCUCGCUGCGUCCCCUCCCUCUCAGGAGCUGCUGGCAAGUCGGCCAGCAGCAGCGCAGGCGGCGUACGGGGCAGCUACGGGGCAGCCAUCCUCGUAUUCCCUAAGCCUUCCUUUUUCUCCCAUUCUCCCCCAUGCGAGCAGGAGCUGCUGGCAAGUCAGCCGGCAGCAGCGCAGGCAGCGUACGGGGCAACCAUCCUCGCCUUCCUAGGCGGACCGCACUGGGGGCUCGCCAUGGCCCGAUACGCCGCCAGUCAGUGCUGCCGCACCUUGCUUUCCCCCCUCUGCUGCCUGCCCUCCUCCCCCUGCUGCUUCCCUUCUCCCCCCCGCUGUUCCUUGCUGCACAGCCCUGUCGUUCGCUCAUUGUCUUCCUUCUCUCUCCACCCUGCCCCCUGCCCUUCUUUCUCUCCUCCCCUGCCUUUAACCGUCUUUUAUCUCCUCCCCUUCCUCUCCGCCCUGCCCCAUGUGCCGUACACAGCAACAUCUGAGGCGAGUCUAGGCAACAUCUCAGUCUCAGCUGCACGGUGUUGGGUGUGGUGUGGACACAGUCAGGGGCAUGAUGACCCCAUGUGCACAUCCCAUCUUCUCCCUUUGCUCUCUUUCUCUCCUGUGUGUGAGCAGGUGUUGGGUGUGGUGUGGACACAGUGUUGGGUGUGGUGUGGACACAGUCAGGGGCAUGAUGACCCCAUGUGCACAUCCCAUCUUCUCCCUUUGCUCUCUUUCUCUCCUGUGUGUGAGCAGGUGUUGGGUGUGGUGUGGACACAGUGUUGGGUGUGGUGUGGACACAGUCAGGGGCAUGAUGACCCCAUGUGCACAUCCCAUCUUCUCCCUUUGCUCUCUUUCUCUCCUGUGUGUGAGCAGGUGUUGGGUGUUGGGCGUCGACACAGUCUUUGCCCGCAUGGCAUUAGUGCCUACAUGGUAUCUGCCUCUCCGAGUGCUGCUCUCUUCCAUUGCUCUCCUCAGCCUAGCCGCCACCGCAUUCACCGUCGUCACUGGCACUGCCAUCGCACGAUCAUCUCCUCGAUCCACUGCCAACUCACAAUCAACCCCUCCUGCCGCUCACUCAACUGCCGCGCCCUCGCCCGCUGA